CACAAGGAUAAACUGCAGAGUUCUGUUAUAGCUGUUCUCAAGAUAUUGCCGGUUCUAUGAUUGCAUCAGGUUGUCUGCAUGUCGUCAAAACCGUAAAGAUUCAAGUAACUUAUCGCACAUCUGCUACAUACAUGCGCAUGACUUUGAUCUCGCCGAGCGGGACAGUGUCAGUUUUACAGGAUUUUGAAUCAAACAGUGUGCGAACAGACUCAACAAAAAGAAAACAGAUUCUUACUUCAGUUUAUUUCUGGGAUGAAGAUGCAUUUGGACUUUGGAGAUUCGAGCUCAAAUCUGAUGGAAAAAUUAAUGUGAUAAGAAAAGUUUCACUGACAUUUUUUGGAACUGGAACAGACAUGACAAGAAAGAACACAAUGUUGAAGGACAAAACUUGUGCACCAACAUGUCAGUCUCUACCCAGGUAUUCUGAUCAUACUGAUAUUCGCUGUAUCAUAAUUGCCGUUGUUGUUACUCUUUCUUGCAUACUUGUGAUUAUAAUUGUCGUAGUUGUAUCAUGUAUUAUACACAAAAAGAGAACAAAAGGAACAACCCUUGAAUCACAUGAAAUGAAAGACCCGUCAAACAAAGCCCUUAUCGCCUGAAAAAAAAACAAAGCCAAGCAAGUGCGUUCUGUAAAAUAGGGACGAAACAUUUUAACUAUUUUUGAAGUAGAUCUCUUUUCUGUUCACGUGUGCAAUGUUUUAUAUUUGAUUGUGAUAAAACGUGUAUAUGCUUUUGUAUCUAUCAAACUUCUGUAUAUUAUUAUGUGUCAUUCGAUGUGUGACAUUUUUAAAUUUUCAGGUGAAAUUCUGAAAUAUUAAAUGACAAUGAAAUUUUGAAUGAAUGAGGAUGGUAUUGUUUAAAUAUGAUCAGCAA